AGUGCACUCAGACCACACCAGACCAGACUCGGCGCGCGAAGGGACGCACACGUACGGAGCGACGCGCACUGAAGGGACUUACGGCGAAGGCGCUGCUCUGCACGGCGCAUGACCGGCAGCGGGUGAAGGAUGCUGUCCAGCCGCUCCGUCGUUGUGGAGUGCGGGUAGUGCAUGCCGCGCUGCUCCGGGUCCAGGUCGCGUUUACGGACGCUCCGGUUCUCCGGUUCCCGGGUUGGAGAUCCUUGUUUGUGGACUUUCAAUCACUCUGGACUUUUGGCUACGUGCCUGCUCGGCAGUUAAACGUGUUUUUUUUUUAAAAUACAUCAGUGAGCAGUAUUAUUGAAAGAAAUAUUUUUUUCCUCUAAGCUACAGGGGUAGUUUUAACUAUACGGCUCAAAUUGGACUUUUUUCUUCUUGUUUCCAGUAUGGGACCUUAUCCAAAAAGUCGCUCAGGGACUUUUUACAUUGGACUGGAAUAAAGAAUUAUCUGACAUCAAUGGUCAUAUUACCUUUUCGAUCGCUCCUCUUCGUUUAGUUGGUCACGGAGAUGUUUUUGUGUCAUGUUCGCACCGAAGAAAUGCGCACAGAAAAACUUUGGAAUAUGGUAGGUCCCUCAUGCAGCGAGUUAAAUAACGGUGCUUUUUAUGCGUUUGAUUAAUCAACUCCAAAAGGAAGAGCAGUCAAAUGCACGCAUAAACACGGGAGCGGGGACACAGUUUACGUGCGUAUUUGGACACGGUCUAUUCCCUCUCUCGUCCGCGUCCUUGGAGAAGUUGAAAAACAAAAACAAUUGAUUCACCAUAUUGAUAACUUAUUUGGUGAGUUUUAACAUUUAAAGAAUACAACGCAGUUUAAUCCUUAGAGUAAUACCAACAUUCGAACAAUUUCUUGUAUAUCUUUUUUUUACUUUCUACUUUUGGGGUCAGACGGUAAAAAACAGACAGUGUGCUGAUGUCUGGCAAACUGGCCGUCAUGUGGGAUUGAUUGCCGGGGAGUAUGUUUGGGCUGGAGCAGUUUGCUUCUCAGAUUAAUAGCAGAAACUCUGGCCAGUCAGAGAGAAACAUAAGCCAACCGAGACUGAACAUGGGCUCCCAUUAUAAAAGCCCUGGUUUUCAAGCCGGAGGCCCGCCGGGAGCUGUGGAACCCGGCAUGGGACCCCUGAGUGAGCCGCAAAUGCUCGGGCUCAAUAUGAACAUGAACGGAGAGCAGUACGGGGGCUUCCACCGGGGCCACUCGGACAUGCAUGCAGGUGGCGGACUUCAGCAGCAGCAAGGACCCAUGCAUGGAUUUUUUAACAACCAACAACCUCAUCAAGGGCAUCCUCACGGCCACCAACCUCACCCCCACCAACCUCAUCCUCAUUUCAGUGGAAGUUUUGGAGGCCCAGAGCCUGGGUCGUCAUGCCUGCAUGGUGGCAGGCUAAUGGGCUACAACAACAAUGGCAUGGGACCACAGCAGGGCUUUGGAGAAGGAUUUGAUCCUCUCGCUGAGGGACAGGCAGGGGAUGGCUUUCCCCAGCAGCAGCAGCAGCAGCAGCAGCAGCAGCAGCAGCGGCCCGGUAACAUGCCUGACUUUCAACAUCACGGUCCUCCCAGUGCCAGCCAUGCUGUCCCUGCUCCCUGUCUACCCCUGGACCAAUCGCCCAACAGAGCGGCAUCCUUCCAUGGUCUCCCAUCCUCCUCAUCCUCCUCCUCUGAGUCUCAUGGCCUAGAGUCUCGACGGAUGCCCAACCAGGGAGCUGUAGAGGGAUUAGAGUAUAACUUCCCCAGUGAGCCUCCAUCUGGACAUUUUGAUGUCAAUGUAUUUUCCCCAUCAGAAUCCGAAUCUCAGUUACCCCAUUUUGGGCCAGGAAGGCCAGUUCCCAGUGCUGGUUUCCCCGGAAACCCUGGCAUGCCACGGACACCAGGUAUGCCGGGCAGCUCUAAGGGACACCCGCCGCCGCCCCAGCCUCAGCCUCAGCCCCAGCCUCAGCCUCAGCCCCAGCCUCAGCCUCAGCCCCAGCAGCCUCAGCCCCAGCAGCCUCAGCCCCAGCAGCCUCAGCAUGGAGGGUUUUUUGAGCGUUUUGGAAAUGGCCGGAAAGUACCCGUGGGAAUGGAGCCGGGGGUCAACGCGAGACAUCCUCUCAUGCAGCAGCAACAACAGGCUGGCUUGAUAGCCCAACCAAAUUCAUGCCCCCCUGGCCUCCCCCGACCCCCACAGGCUGAGCCCGGCUCCACUAACCCUAACAUACUGGACGGAGGGGUCAUGAUGCCUGGCCAACACAACCAGUUUGAAUAUCCCAUUCACAGACUGGAAAAUAGGGGUCUGCACCCCUAUGGGGACCCCAUGUUUAAUAUGCAACAGCCAGCUCUUCCUCCCUCCCAACAACCGCCAAAUCAGAGGCUGCAACACUUUGACUCUCCUUAUAUGAACAUGGCGAAAAGGCCGAGAUUUGACUUUCCGAACGCACAUGGCGGUGAAGGCUGGUGCGGUGGAAUGGAUAACCACCUCUCUCCCUCUGCCUACGCCGGCCUGCCGGGGGAGUUCACCCCACCUGUGAGUGAAGGUUUCCCACCGGGUCCCCUGCAGCACCCGGGGCCCGAGCAGCAGUCUCUUCAGCAGCGGCAGAAUGCGGCCGUGAUGAUCAAACAAAUGGCGUCGCGCAACCAGCAGCAGAGGAUGAGGCAGCCCAGCCUGCAGCAGCUGGGUCACCACGGCGACGUCGCUCCCGGCCCAAUGACUCAGGGAGGCCCGGUCGGGAACAUGCCUCAGCCCAACUUUGACAGGGAGAAUGCUGGCAGGAUGCCCAACAUUGAUGGACAAAACCCUCAUGUAACUCAGGAGAACUCCUGGUUUCAAGGGUCCCACCCACCAGGGGAGAUGAUGUCACGGCGUAUGGGUGGAGCGGGUAAUGAAUCGGGGCCCCAUGACAUAGGGCUCCAGCAAAACGGAGCUGGAAUGAUUUUUAGGCCAGGCAUGGGCAUGCAGGAGCCUAUGAGAAUACCAGGAGAUGGGCAUGGACAGGCCCUCCAUUCUCCAGGCAUGAAUUCACAAUUCAGCGGCAACAUGGGCAACCUUUCACAAAUGCAGUCUCCAGGAGCCGGCACAGGCCAUCCGAACGCCCCGGCAGAGAGGCGGCCAGCUGACUUCCCUGCCCCUCCAAUGGGAGCACAGCCAACAUUUCCCUAUGGGGGGGCUAACCGUCAGGGGCCUGCCCACAGUGCUCCCCAGGGGGUGAACACCUCACCAGGGAGCUACCCUCCUCAGUCAGAGUUCCCCCCAGGCCAGCGGUCGUCAGUUAGUAAGCUUGGAGCUCUGUCUCUCGGGAACUUCACCAAAACCAGCGCUAAAGACAGUGUUUUUGGCCAGAGCUGCCUGGCGGCCCUUUCCACGGCCUGCCAGAACAUGAUCGCGAGCCUUGGGGCCCCCAAUCUUAACGUAACAUUCAACAAGAAGAACCAAAAUGAGGGCAAGCGAAAACUGAGUCAGACGGAGCAGGACAUUAAUAGCAACACAUCGAAUGGGACUGGCAGUGCUGGACCUGAAUAUUUUCAGGGCAGCACUUCCCAGAACGGCCAGAUGCCUGGCACUGGGAAUAGCAACUCUAAGCCUGCGAGUCAAAGCCAGACGAUGCAGGGGGAAGCCAGUGCCCUCUCCCCAAAUUACAACAUGGACGCUACCCCAUGCAGUGAGGGGAAGGCAACAACAGGGAGUGGGAGAGGGAGAGGCAGGAGAAAAAGAGACAGUGGACAUGUGAGCCCUGGAAUUUUUUUCCCCGCUGAGAAUGGUAACCCUGUUGUAAGUCCAGGCCAGCAGACCCCCGCUGCUGGUGUUGGGGAGAGGGGUGGGGGUACGCCCCAUGAAAAACACCUCCAAUCACCCGCUUGGGGAAAAGGAGGCGACCUGAUGUUGGGGGACCAGGCCGAUUUGAUGUCUUCCCUGGACAGCGGCAUUCAGAGUGUCGCCAAGUCCGACAGCAGCUCACCACGAGUGGACUUUCCUGACGACGUCAGCACCCACUACGGCAACGAGGAUGAGGUGUCCUCCAGCUCCGAUGCAGGAGGCCCCUCUGUCGCCAAGCCGAAUCGCAGCCCGAUGACCACCGGCUCUCCCAAAAUGCAGAGGAGUGACCAUGGGUUAAUGAACGGACAGAAGCCCCUCGGCAUGGGCCUCAACAAUCACACUACCUCGGCUAUGGUCACGGGGGCCAGUGGGGUGAGCCACCCGGUCACUCCUGGGGUGGAGCAGGUACGCACCCCAUCCAGCACCUCUGGCCAGGAUGAAAUGCAUCCUCUGGAGAUUCUACAGGCCCAGAUCCAGCUACAGCGGCAGCAAUUCAGUAUCUCCGAGGACCAGCCCCUGGCCAUGAAAAUUGGCAAAAAGAAUGGCGACUGUCCCUCACAGAACGGAGACAAUGAGCUGGCGAGCUGCAGUCCUGAUGCUGGGAAGGGCUCAAUGGGCACUAUUGACCUUGACACCCUUAUGGCAGAGCAGCACGCCACCUGGUACGUGCCCAGUGACAAGGCCAUGAUGGACGGGUCAGAGGAUGACAAGGCCAUGGGACCAUGGGAAAAGAAUAAGGUCCAAAACAACAGCAAAGAAGAAUCAGAGCUGUCCCAGAGUAAGGCUGGAGCCGGUGCCCCAGGAGCCGGAGUAGGGGGAGGGGGAGGAGGUGGUGGAGCUGGUGGAGCUGGAGCUUCAGGAGGAGGUGGUGGCGGAGGAGGAGGAGGAGGGAGCGGUGGAGGUAACCACCUGCAGUGCCUGUCCGUCCACUGCACAGACGAGAUGGGGGACAGUAAGGGCCGAGGGGGGCCCGUCUCGUCCUGGCGCUCCCUCCACUCCGACAUCUCUAACCGAUUCGGGACAUUCGUGGCGGCGCUGACUUGAACAAGAAGCAGGCCCAGCAGGAAGAAAGAACAUUAAGACGAAGAAAAGCUUCAAAGACAAUUAAUGUUGAUAACGACGAUGAAGAUUAUGAUGAUGACGAUGAUAAUGAUGAUAAAGUGUUGAUGAGGCAACUGCGAACGGCUCCUGUCUGUUUAGGGACAGAAAGACAUUUACGCUCAUAAAUGAAAACGACACCACAGACACUCUCUCUAAUUUCUCUCGCUUACACAAGCACACACACACACACACACACAUAAAUACUUUUUUUCUUUCAUGAUACAUGUAGUCACCUAUUAGGACACUCUCCUGGACAAUACAGCGCGGGCUCUCCUACUCAACGAUGCUCACAUCUCGUAAACCUCAAAUCAAUAUUUUAUUUUUAUUCUUAUUUGUUUGAAGAAGAUAAAUGUCAAAAGGAGGAGACUACACAAGCAGAAGAAGAUAUAUUCAGUUGUCAUUGGCUUUGAUUGUAUAACAGUUGAGCCUUGUGAUAUGAUAUGACUACCCAACAAAUACACACACACACACACACACUGAAAUGAGGCCUAAUUAGAAGUGGCCAGUACACUAGACGCUAAACUAGAGGACAAUUAAGAGGUGGUUUUGCAUGAAUGUAACUCAACUCAUUUUUUGUGAACACAACUUUCCCACUCUGUCAAAGAAAAUGUUAACUUUAAUCAUUUGCUGCUCUUAAUCAUUUAUGAUUUGUUGUGGUUCUCUAUUCUUUUUAUUGGCAAGCAUAACUUUCCUUUAUUCUUUUCUCUUCUUGUACUCACCUCUCCUAUCAACCUUAUAAGCUCAUCUUGCAUACAAUUUAGCCAAUGAGAACUGAACAUGGAAGUCAAAGGAUUGUUUAAUAAGGGAAUUGAAAAAGAUACUAUUGGUAUUGCACAUGUAUAAUAAGAGAAAAUUUGCUGUGUGUUAGGCAAUCUUGUAAUCUUUAAAUAAAGCUUCUGUUGAAUUUGAAUUUCUGAAACGAUUGACGGAGGACUGUGACGGCAAUUUACGAUCUGAUAUUUGUUUUUGGUUUUCUUUUUUUAAUAAUAUGUAAAGUGCAGUCGUCUGUUUUCCUGCAUAUUGUAUAUAUCUGUAUAUGUUUUAUUGAGUAACUAAAUAACAAUAAAUAUGACGUUAAAGGUG